AGUACAAAGUAUACACUUAUAUUUAUGAUCUAGGCGAGGUCUCCGAUUGUUUUAACUUAAGUUUUAACUUUAGUUUUAAGUAUUAAAUACAUUAAUAUAUAAUUGUAUCUAAUUGAAUCAAAUUACACGAGGCAAAACUUAUUCACUUAGUUUAACAAAAGAAUAUUUAAAAUGCCUAAAGAACGAAUCCAGAAGAAAUCAAGAAUCCACCAACAAACAGCUCAAGUUCAGAGAUCUGCAACCCAAGUCCAACGACAAGGAAUAGCUUUUAGAACAGAAAUUGGACAGCAUAUUUUAAAGAAUCCAAUGAUUGUUGUCAACAUGGUUGAAAAGGCCGCUCUACGCCCUACAGAUGUUGUACUUGAAGUUGGUCCUGGUACUGGUAACAUGACCGUCAAGCUAUUAGAAAAAGUUAAAAAGGUGAUAGCUUGUGAAGUUGACCCUAGAAUGGUGGCAGAGUUACACAAAAGGGUUCAAGGGACUCCCGAAGCCUCAAAGCUGCAGGUGAUGGUAGGCGAUGUCCUAAAAACAGAUUUACCUUUCUUUGAUGUUUGUGUUGCCAACUUACCCUAUCAGAUUUCUUCCCCUUUUGUCUUUAAACUUCUCCUACACAGACCAUUUUUUAGGUGUGCUGUACUGAUGUUUCAGAGAGAGUUUGCUCAGAGGCUGGUAGCGCAGCCAGGUGACAAGUUAUAUUGUCGUCUCUCUGUCAACACACAACUACUAGCCAGGGUUGACCACCUCAUCAAGGUUGGGAAAAAUAACUUCCGACCACCACCAAAAGUUGAGUCUAGUGUAGUACGAAUUGAGCCAAGAAAUCCUCCACCUCCAAUUAAUUUUAAGGAAUGGGAUGGCUUAGUGAGGAUCUGUUUCUCCAGAAAAAAUAAAACUAUCGGAGCUUCCUUCAGAUUUACUAAAGUUUUAGCUGUGUUGGAAAAAAACUUCAGGGUUUCAUGUUCUGUAAAAAAUGUGACUGUCCCAGAUGAUUUUAAUGUUAAAGAAAGAGUAACAGAACUCUUACAGAAAAGUGGCUUUGAGGAGAAACGAGCAAGAUCUAUGUCAAUAGAAGACUUCAUAGAAUUGCUUAACCUCUUCAAUGAAGCUGGCUUUCAUUUUAUGUGAACAGGUAGAAAUGCGAUUUUGUUUCUGGGCUUGUAUAUUGUAUAAAGUUUUGGUUUGAAGGUGAUUAAAAUAUAUGGAUAAAAUACU